AAAAGGGCUACAUUAGGGCUGCCAUUGUAGCAUUGUUAGAAGAACGUGUCAAACCUUACAAGAAUGUGGAUCCCAGAAACAAGAAUACGACUUUGCAGAAGAGAGUGAUGGCUAAGUACUCAGGCAAUCCUCAUGCUGCAUUCGUAGGUAUGGUUCUUCAAGACCUUGAUAAGAUUAAUGAUGAAAGAGACAGAGACGAGUGUGAGAUCUUGAUCACCAAGCCCGACUUCCAAGAAUUGACAGAUGAAUCCCAUAUACCAGCCUAUCAAGGAUUAACUGUAACCCAUCAGCAUCAUCCCAUCAUGCAAGCGAACACGACGACAUCAAUGACCACCAGGAUGGUGACAUGUAACACACUGGCUAAUGUCUUACGUGAGGAACUAGUGAAGGAUCUAUACAAGAGACCUAAGAUACGUAACUCCAUAUCUCAAAUCAUUCUGGAUUUUCUGACGACAGGGAAGUGCAGUACAGAUACGUUGCCGGAUACCAAUGUUUCAUCGUAUGCACAUGAAGUCGAAGACGACGAGGAUUCCCGACUUGUUGAUUUCUGGACCAGUAAGAUAGUCAAGCUAGACGAUGACGUCAUCAAUCGCAUUAAGAAAUAUUUGUUUCCUCUCAGGACGUUAUAA